AUGGCGUCUCGCGUACCCAGCGUGGCUCGACAUUUGUGUCGACCAGCGACAUCUCGCUCAGUGGUAACCUCCACUCGCUUAGGAAUCCCUCAAUUAAACUUGGGAAAUGCAUGCGUGCUCUGCCAACAUCCGACAUCCGUCCGAAACCAAGCAGUCAUCGCCAAGCAGCAAUCUUUCCCUAUAUCGUCAUCCUCUACAACUGUUCGUUUCGCAUCUGCAAAAUCCUCAGGAGCUUCGGCAGCCAGUGAAACGACUCUAGUCGGCGCGCCAGACAUCACAAAUUACUACACGAUCUUCCCGAAAACAUUCCCGUCAGGUCCACCGCCGUCUUCCCCCUUCGAAAUUUCAAUCGGUGAUCUACGACGCGAAUUCCUCCAAUUACAAAACGUGGUCCAUCCUGACAAAUAUCCUUCUGGUGAGGCAAAACAGCACGCCGAAGCGCUCUCCGCCCGCAUCAACGAGGCCCAUCGGACACUUGCAGAUCCGCUCCAACGUGCCCAAUACCUUCUCCGCGAAUGGCACGGCAUCGACGUGACGGCCGAGGACGCCGCGACGAAACACGCGCUUGAUGCGCAGACUUUGAUAGAAGUUAUGGAGGUUCAGGAGACUAUUGAGGAGGUUGGAGCGACACCCGAGGGAGAGAAGGAGAUUGAAGCUUUGAAGAAGGAGAAUGACAUGCGAAUUGCGGUCUGCGUGGGCGCUCUGGCUGGCGCGUUUGAUAAGGGGGAUAUUGAAGAGGCUCGGAAGGAGUGCAUUCGCCUGCGCUUUUGGUACAGCGUGGGCGAAGGGCUGCGAGAGUGGGAGCCUGGCCUGACGGAAAUCCGACUGGUGCAUGGCAGUUGA